CCCACAAUUGACAUCUCCAAGCAGCAGCAGCCAAAGGCCAAACUAAGCACACCACAGAAGAAGCAGCUCCGAAUUCAGGCCUCGACACCGUCCGAGUCAGCAGCAGCACCACCGUCGUCGUCGUCGUCCUCAACCUCCAUUCCAGAUCCCGACCGUCAAAAUGGCUGCCGUCGUCAAGGCCCUCAACGCCAAGAUCAGGAGCAAUCCUGUGGCCAACUACCUGUGCUCGACCCACUUCUGGGGUCCUGCCUCCAACUUUGGUAUCCCCAUAGCCGCCGUCCUCGACACCCAGAAGAGCCCUGAGCUCAUCUCUGGCCAGAUGACCGGUGCCCUCACCAUCUACGCCUUCACCUUCAUGCGUUACGCCCUUGCCGUCACCCCCCGUAACUACCUCCUCUUCGGCUGCCACUUUGUCAACGCCGGCGCCCAGCUCACCCAGGGUUACCGCUACCUCGACUGGCACUACUGGGGUGGCAAGGAGAAGGCUGUCCAGAAGGCCCUCACUGCCCCGGUUGCCGCCGCUGCCGUUGCCAAGUAAUGCAGCCCGCCUGCAUAUUGGAUGCCAACAGCCAGCCAACCGGCAUCAUCAAGAUUUGCACUGCCCGGCUAGGACGAACCGGAGAACCGCCGCUGAUCUUGUUGGUGAGCCUCUCCUUGCGGGUUUUAUUUUUCUUUGACGACGGCCAGCAUGUAAUCUAGAAUUUCCCCUUGCUCCUUCUUUCGGUUGAUAUCCAUCAUAGACAAGGCACACAAAGAUACAGGCACUCACACCACCUUCACCAAGGUACCCCCUGUUGUUCUGGUUCGACUGCAUCUGUUAUUAACAAACGAGGACCCAACAAGAUGAGACACACUCGGCUUGUGCUAGACAUAUAUCUCGCAUGCACGAGGUAUCACGCGUUUCUCCAACCAGACACAUCAUCGCUUCCUUUUUUCCGCUUUCUCAUAUUUCAUCUUCACACUUGUGCCUUGGCUAGACACUUUUCAGAACACAGCAACCUGUUCCCUUCUUUCUUCUGUUCCAUACCUAUCCUCCUUCUGCUCAUUCCAGCUGCUCUCGGCUUUAUCAGGCUCCACGACACGACAAGGGUUACAUCGGUUGGACCCACAUGAUUCGCUACCCCUUCGACUCUUGGAAGUGCUGGGUCGUUUUUUUUUCCUUCCAUUUCCCGGGGUUCGGAGUCUCUCACCUGUCAGGGACCAGCAAUUAACCCCGUCAGCACCUGUGCCCAGUUCUCAGCCCGGUGCUAUUUCCAUCCCCAGCUUACCUUACAUACGGCCCCGUCCGGCGGCACUCAACCGGUCAAUCAAGUGAACACUGGUGCGGAUACACCCUCCACCGUACCACCAUCGGCGAUACACUAGCAGAAGCACUUUCCUUGGAACGGGCCAUUCCGUCCGCUUCCGCGGGUCUGCGAGGCUACGGUUUGGUUGCCCCCCAUGGAGCGCGCCCCCCAUGCAGGCCCUGGGCGAGUUGGGUCGCGUAACGUCCAGGGGGUCAUCAGGAAAUAUGGAUAGCCGAGGAACAAUGGCGUUCUCUGGAAUGUGAUUGUGGAGUGAGUCUUCCCUAUUCGGUCUCGACAGUGAAUGCACGUGCAGACUUUGCAUGAAAAUGGAGAAUUUCGAGAAUUGUCAGCAGCCCCUCCAUUGCUCCAUUUGCCCCAGUCGAAAGGUCAGUCGGACUCUGGACAAAGUGGAGGUUGGAGGGGAGGAUUGCAAAUGCGGAUGAUUAUUCCACUGGCUCGGCUAGACUGCGUGCCCAUCAGCUUUCCGCGGCUUGCGCCUCACCGGUUUUAGCGGAUUAAGAAGGUGGUACAUGAGCCCUGACUGUCUCCCUAUACUACUGUCACCAUUAUCGGUCACCGUGUUCUCGCCAUCGUACAGUUCUUACGGUAAAAGGGGAUAGGCGAAAUAGGCGAGCCAGGCCGAGAAAGAAGCACAUCCGAGAACCGACGACGACGAAAGAUUGGACUGGAUGAACCCAGAACUUUCAGAUGCCAAGUGGAAGCCAGGAAAUUAAGAAUGCACAAAAAAAAAAAAAAAACUCAGCGAUGAAAGCCUUGGACGCCCUUGAGUCGUAUACCUAGUCAUGCGGUUGGCUGGUGUACAUAGUAGCGUCCCAGCAUCCAUCAAAUCCAUCCAUCCACACGAUCGACCGCCCACCGUUCUCACUUGUGCAGCUGCUUCGCGCAUAGUGUCUCCCCCUAAGCCCUCCUCCCCCUACACUAGCUCGGAUUCUCCAUGUCUCCAAGGGUUGCAUCCCGGCCCAUCCAUCGAAUCAAAAGACCCAAAAAGACCCGACAGUCUGGAGACGAAUCCAACAAGUGGAUCAUUGAGCUGCUCCUUUUUUUCUUUUCUUUUCGUCCCUUUCUCUCUCUCUGAGCUCUGAGGACCAGGAACAGCUCGAUACGACGACACACACUGAACGACAGGAUCCGCACCGCAGAACGGCCUUGGUUACGAAUUUGGCGCCUGCCGCCGCUUUACAUACAAUACAACCAAGUGUCUCCACUGUUACGAGCGAGUGAGCGCUCGAUCGGUUCGUCUACCCUGCCUCGCCUGCCCUACCCUGUCCUGCCCUGCAAAUCGACUGUCCCAUCUCCUCGACCCGCUGCGAGCAAAGUGUAAAUUUUCUUCUCGUCUUCUCUGAUGUGACGUUAACAUUGAUUGACCGUCAUCAAAUGGG